GGUAGGCGGCGGCACGCUGCCGAAUCUGCGAUCUUGCAAGCGCCCCAUGGCGACCGAGCGGGGCCUGGAGCCGCCUCGUGUCGUAGCCUGCGAAUUAAGUAGUAGGUGGGUCCUGCGGGUGCACGCACGAGGGGCUAACCACUCUGACGACCGCGUGUAGCUUGUCGGGCGAGGGGUUGCUCGGGACCAGCGGUUCCAGCUUCUCGUCUCGCCCUGGCAGUCCGCGUGCUUUUUUCAGCAUGGUGGCGGCCUGGGAAUGCAACCUCAGAAUGGAAGAAGAAAAUUUUACAGCAUUGCCAUGGGCUUUAUCGCGCUUUUCUUUGGCCGAGUUGCUCCGCAGAGUCACGUCCGCUCGGUGGCUUGCGAGCAGAGAAGAUCCUGGGCACUCCCGCCCGUUGGCUUGUGCUCCAGGAGCGCUUGCACGCCCGCUGUUGUCACGCGUCCGCUCAGCCUUUGGCCAGCGUGGUGGCGCGGGGGAGAUCUUUUUAACUUGCUGUGGG